AUGAAGUCUACCGAGCAGAUCGAUUUUAUCACAGGAGACUGGAUGUCUGAGGGAAACAUGACGACUUCGGCAUUGAGAAAGCUCAGCAGAGAAAAUUCAAACUUGCAGACAUAUGGCUUUGAAAAAUCGUUUUUGACCUCAAUUACACCGCAUCUUCAGGGCAUUGAAGUGCGAAAGGUCAAGGUGGUGGUCAAUGCUGGUGCUGCAGAGCCCGAUUGUCUUUGCCAAAAGCUUGACAAGGUAAUCCAGGAUCAAAGACUAGGGUUGCAGACAGCCUGGAUAUCUGGUGACAACGUUCUCAGCUCUCUUCGAGAGGCUUCUUCCAAAGGUCAGACAGGGUUGAUCAACAUCAAAACCGGAGAGCCUCUUGAAGCCAUUCCGAAAGAGACUGUCUUUGCUCAAGCCUACCUGGGGGCUCGGGGCAUCGUGAAAGCCCUGGAAAAGGGCGCAGACAUCGUGAUAUGCGGGAGAGUUGCUGAUGCGAGUCCCGCCAUGGGUGCUGCUAUAUGGUGGCACCAAUGGGGCCCGGAACAGCACGAGCAGCAUGCCAAUGCCUUUGUAGCGGGCCAUUUGAUCGAAUGCUCGACAUACGUCACUGGGGGGAAUUUUUCCGGAUUUAAGACAGUACCAGGUGUUGAAGACUUGGGGUUUCCCGUCGCAGAGAUUUCGGACAGUGGUGAGGUCGUCAUCACCAAACUUGCCCAUUCUGGCGGCGUGGUGAAUGCGGACACGGUCACAGCACAGCUGCUUUAUGAAAUCCAGGGGCCGUUAUACUAUCAUUCGGAUGUUACAGCACAGCUAGACAAGAUCUCGCUCGAAAGUGUUGGCCCAGACAGGAUCCAGCUCAGAGGCGUGGUUGGGCUCCCGCCUCCUCCGACGACAAAAGUAGGCUUCACAGGGAGAACCCGCUUCAAAGCAGAGCUACAUUGGUCUCUGGUCGGCCUUGAUAUUGCAGCAAAGGCCGACUUGCUCAAGGAGAAUCUCGCGUCCAGCUUGGGAAAGUCGGAGUUGUCCAGAUUUUCUCUCGUCAACUUCACCACCCAUGGUGUUUGCCCUGAAGAUCCAACAUCUCAGAACGAUGCCACCGUUGACUUUCGCAUUUUUGUCCAGGCCGACUCUCAGGAGGACCUUACAUACGACAACUGGAUCGAACCUGUUCUGAAUGUCAUUAUGUGUUCAUAUCCUGGAGCCACCAUGCAGCCCGCCAUUACCGCCGGAAUUCCUCAGCCGUACAAUGAAUAUUGCGUUAGACUCAUGCCACAACGUAUGAUUCAACACAAAGCACACAUUGCUACAAAUUCCUACGCCAUCCCGCCGCCUACUGUCACCCAAAUAUACCCUGUACAGCAGCAAACCUACGAGGUCUCCGAGCCCAUCGAUCUCGCCAUUCUCGGAGAGACAGUAAAGGCUCCUCUGGGCUUUAUCGUACAUGCCCGAUCUGGAGAUAAAGGUAGCAAUGCCAAUGUUGGAUUCUGGGUUCGCCACGAUGAUGAAUACAAUUGGCUACGUACGCUUUUGACCGUCAAGAAAGUCAAAGAGCUGCUCGGCAGCGAGUACCGGGCAGGUAACAAGAUGGACCGCUUCGAGAUCCCUGGCCUCCGUGCGGUACACUUCCUGCUUCAUGAACACCUGGAUCGAGGGAUAAACAGCACCAGCACGUAUGAUAUUUUGGGUAAAAAUGUUGCCGAGUUCUUGCGAGCUCGACAUGUCAACUUACCCAAGAAAUUUCUGGAGCGGGGCCCAAUCUAA